CAGUCACUAAUGUGGAACUUCAGGUAUUCAGGAAGGAACACAAUGUACCAAAUGUAAAAAUAACUGGGCGCUGAAGUUCUCUAUCAUAUUAUUAUACAUUUUGUGUGCCUUGCUAACAAUCACAGUAGCCAUUUUGGGAUAUAAAGUUGUAGAGAAAAUGGACAAUGUCACAGGCGGCAUGGAGACAUCUCGCCAAACCUAUGAUGACAAGCUCACAGCAGUGGAAAGUGACCUGAAGAAAUUAGGUGACCAAACUGGGAAGAAAGCUAUCAGCACCAACUCAGAACUCUCCACCUUCAGAUCAGACAUUCUAGAUCUCCGUCAGCAACUUCGUGAGAUUACAGAAAAAACCAGCAAGAACAAGGAUACGCUGGAGAAGUUACAGGCGAGCGGGGAUGCACUGGUGGACAGGCAGAGUCAACUGAAAGAAACUUUGGAGAAUAAUUCUUUCCUCAUCACCACUGUGAACAAAACCCUCCAGGCGUAUAAUGGCUAUGUCACAAAUCUGCAGCAAGAUACCAGCGUGCUCCAGGGCAAUCUGCAGAAUCAAAUGUAUUCUCAUAACGUGGUCAUCAUGAACCUUAACAACCUGAACCUGACCCAGGUACAGCAGAGGAACCUCAUCACGAAUCUGCAGCGGUCUGUGGAUGACACAAGCCAGGCUAUCCAGCGAAUCAAGAACGACUUUCAAAAUCUGCAGCAGGUUUUUCUUCAAGCCAAGAAGGACACGGAUUGGCUGAAGGAGAAAGUGCAGAGCUUGCAGACGCUGGCUGCCAACAACUCUGCUUUGGCCAAAGCCAACAAUGACACCCUGGAGGAUAUGAACAGCCAGCUCAACUCAUUCACAGGUCAGAUGGAGAACAUCACCACUAUCUCUCAAGCCAAUGAGCAGAACCUGAAAGACCUGCAGGACUUACACAAGGAUGCAGAGAAUAGAACAGCCAUCAAGUUCAACCAACUGGAGGAACGCUUCCAACUCUUUGAGACAGAUAUUGUGAACAUCAUUAGCAAUAUCAGUUACACAGCCCACCACCUGCGGACGCUGACCAGCAAUCUAAAUGAAGUCAGGACCACUUGCACAGAUACCCUAACCAAACACACGGAUGAUCUGACCUCCUUGAAUAAUACCCUGGCCAACAUCCGUUUGGAUUCUGUUUCUCUCAGGAUGCAACAAGAUUUGAUGAGGUCGAGGUUAGACACUGAAGUAGCCAACUUAUCAGUGAUUAUGGAAGAAAUGAAGCUAGUAGACUCCAAGCAUGGUCAGCUCAUCAAGAAUUUUACAAUACUGCAAGGUCCACCGGGCCCGAGGGGUCCAAAAGGUGACAGAGGAUCCCAGGGACCCCCUGGUCCAACUGGCAACAAGGGACAGAAAGGAGAGAAGGGGGAGCCUGGACCGCCUGGCCCUGCGGGUGAGAGAGGCCCAGUUGGACCCGCAGGUCCCCCCGGAGAACGUGGCGGCAAAGGAUCUAAGGGCUCCCAGGGCCCCAAAGGUUCCCGCGGUUCCCCCGGGAAGCCCGGCCCUCAGGGCCCCAGUGGGGACCCAGGCCCCCCAGGCCCUCCAGGCAAAGAAGGACUCCCUGGCCCCCAGGGCCCUCCUGGCUUCCAGGGACUGCAGGGCACUGUGGGGGAGCCUGGGGUUCCUGGACCUCGGGGACUGCCAGGCUUGCCUGGGGUACCAGGCAUGCCAGGCCCCAAGGGCCCCCCCGGCCCUCCCGGCCCAUCAGGAGCAGUGGUGCCCCUGGCCCUGCAGAAUGAACCAACCCCGGCACCAGAGGACAAUGGCUGCCCGCCUCACUGGAAGAACUUCACAGACAAAUGCUACUAUUUUUCGAUUGAGAAAGAAAUUUUUGAGGAAGCAAAGCUUUUCUGUGAAGACAAGUCUUCCCAUCUCGUUUUCAUAAACACUAGGGAGGAACAGCAAUGGAUAAAAAAACAGCUGGUAGGGAGAGAGAGCCACUGGAUCGGCCUCACAGACUCAGAGCAUGAAAAUGAAUGGAAGUGGCUGGAUGGGACAUCUCCAGACUACAAAAAUUGGAAAGCUGGACAGCCGGAUAACUGGGGUCAUGGCCACGGGCCAGGAGAAGACUGUGCUGGGUUGAUUUAUGCUGGGCAGUGGAACGAUUUCCAAUGUGAAGACGUCAAUAACUUCAUUUGCGAAAAAGACAGAGAGACAGUACUGUCAUCUGCAUUAUAAUGGACUGUGAUGGAAUCACAUGAGCAAAUUUUCAGCUCUCAAAGGCAAAGGACACUCCUUUCUAAUUGCAUCACCUUCUUAUCAGAUUGAAAAAAAAAAAGCACUGAAAACCAAUUACUGAAAAAAAAUUGACAGCUAGUGUUUUACCAUCCAUCAUUACCCAAAGACUUGGGAACUAAAAUGUUCCCCAGGGUGAUAUGCUGAAAUCCAUUGUGCACAUGGACUGAAUCACAUAGAUUUUCCUCCGUCAGUAAUCAUGCAAUUAUUCAAAUUAUAUCUUCCGAAGUAUGGAACACUACAAUCAGAAAAAGGCUAUCAUUGAUUGUUGAGUUAUAGGAAGAACUUAAGCAUAUACUGUGUAAACAGUACCAUACGUUUCUAAAAAUCCCAAGUGUAGGAAAAAUAUGCAGACAUACAGAUAUAUAGGCCAACUCUUAGUAAUAAUAUGAAAUAUACUUAAAGAGCUUUUAAAACUUUGUAUUUUUGUACAAAAUAUUUGCCUUUUACAAUUUUUUUCCUUUUUUUUUUUUUUUUGUCAUUUUACUGACAUAAUACAUGGAGCCAAAGAAAACAAUAAUGGUACUAAUAAAAACUCCUAGGGUUUCCUGUCAGAUUUAAUUCUACUCAGUGGCAAAGAAUUUUUUCAAUUGUGGUUUAAAAAAAAAAUUAAAUAUACAUGUAUAUAUAUAUAUUUUUUUAAUGUUUCAUUUCCUCAGAGGAGUCAAUCACUUAGAAUGUCUAGAAAUAUCCUUACAGAUUUUGCCAGUGUCAAUCAAGCCUGCACGCAUGCACGACUCAGUGAAGUGGGCUGUGCCUUGAGCCCAUCACCAGCCAACAUUCUUGACAUGUGCCUGAUCAGAUGCAGAAGAAGUGGGCAACUCAAGACAUGCUUCCUCUUCAUUUUGGUGGAAUCAGGAGGUGUGGGGGAUGGAGAGGCAUCUGUUGGGAAGGGCACUGAAUCUGGCCUAUCUAGAAGGCCCUAUUUCAUGGCUGAGCUAUGACUGUACUUGGCAUCAGACCACUACCAGAGCCGACGUUAACUGUCAGGAACGUAUGGCGUCACAUCAGUCAAAGACAGAGAUGCUAGAAAGAUGGGAACCAGCUACAUAUUACCUGGAAAGUUUGUUUUCUUAAGUCGUUUCCAAAAACAUAACUCCAAGGCAUAUGCAUGAUGAAAUGCAAGAACAAACUUUUGGCCACUUUGUGGAACUCUUAAAAGAACUUUUCCAGCCUGGCACGGUAGCUCACACCUGUAAUCCCAGGACUUUGGGAGGCCGAGGCAGGCGAAUCACUUGAGGUCAGGAGUUCGAGACCAGCCUGACCUCAUGGCAUGUCUGGCCAACAUGGCAAAACCCCGUCUCUACUAAAAAUAUGAAAAUUAGCCAGGCAUAGUGGCACAUGCCUGUAAUCCCAGCCACUUGGGAGGCUGAGGCAGGAGAAUCGCUUGACCCCAGGAGGCAGAGAUUGCAGUGAGCCAAGAUCACGCCACUGCACUCCAGCCUGGGUGACAGAGCGAGAAUCCAUCUCCAAAAAAAAAAGAACCUUUCCUCUGAGCCCAUCUUCCUUCCAGUCCUUGACUUUCCUUGACUUGCUGUUGGAAAGUCUAAUAUGAAAAGGGCUUAAACUAGGCAUUAAAUAUAACUGAUGCUCAAAGGUAAGAUUUCCAUCCAACAGAUUCCUUCUCCUCCUUCCCAAGGGUCUUCCCAGGUGGUGCUGCUACCUAUCCCAAAUAAAAUGGUAAAAGAAUAAAGACAGAGUUUGACUUUCCCACCUGCAAA